CGAGUUUUGUGGUUCCGGAGCUCAAGCGAGCAAUGAAAAGAGUGACAAAACAGAAAGUGAACGAACCGUGUUCUAAAAGAUCGUGUGCGACAGCACACAGUGUUAUGUCUCGACUUUGUUUUGUAUAAACAUCGAGUCUAGUAAUUUUUAAUUGGAUUUCCUGCGAGGAAAGAUAAUAAAUAAACAAAUAAUUAAAAUUAAGUGAUCGAAGUGUAUCAUUGGAAUUAGAUAAAAGCUUGGAGAUGGCCGGUGCAAUGUUGUUUGAGCGUGCACAAGCUGUAUCGAUGACAAAUCGUAGCGAAGGUAUAUCUCUGUUAAAUGAGAUCGUAUCCGACCCUAACAUCGGUCUGGCCGAAGAUGACGAGGAAAGUAUUAGGGUCAAGGAACAGGGUAUAUUACACCUUGGUGAACUUUACAAGAAAGAGGGCAAAGCUAAAGAAUUAGCUGAACUAAUCAAAGCAACUAGACCCUUUCUUAGCCUAAUAAGUAAAGCCAAAGCAGCUAAGCUUGUGAGAUCAUUAGUUGACUUCUUCCUUGAUUUGGAAGCUGGGAUUGGCAUUGAGGUACAAUUAUGCAAAGAAUGUAUAGAGUGGGCAAAAGAAGAACGUAGGACGUUUUUAAGGCAAUCAUUAGAAGCACGACUAAUAGCUCUUUAUUUCGAUACUGGCAUGUUCAGCGAAGCUUUGCAAUUGAGUUCUGCUCUUCUAAAGGAACUUAAAAAAUUAGAUGACAAACAAUUGCUUGUUGAGGUUCAGUUGUUAGAGAGCAAAACAUAUCAUGCAUUAAGUAAUUUAGCUAAAGCAAGGGCAGCUCUCACUAGUGCUAGAACUACUGCCAAUGCAAUUUAUUGUCCUCCAAAAAUGCAAGCUGCUUUGGAUCUACAAUCUGGAAUUUUACAUGCUGCUGAUGAACGUGAUUUUAAAACUGCCUAUUCAUACUUUUACGAAGCAUUUGAAGGGUAUGAUAGUGUUGAAAGUCCUAAAGCAUUAACGGCAUUGAAAUAUAUGUUAUUAUCCAAGAUCAUGUUGCGCACACCCGAAGAUGUUCAAUCUAUCAUGUCCGGAAAAUUAGCAGUCAAAUAUGCUGGACGUGAUUUGGAUGCUAUGCGUGCUGUCGCUGAAGCCAGUCACCGGCGUUCCUUAGCUGACUUUCAAACUGCAGUUAAACAAUAUCGACAAGAAUUAGAGGAUGAUGUAAUUGUACGUGCUCAUCUAGGCUCUCUUUACGACGCUAUGUUAGAACAAAAUUUGUGUCGUUUGGUUGAACCUUAUUCUCGCGUUCAGGUAAGUCAUAUUUCUUCGUGCAUAUCUUUACAACUCGCGCAAGUAGAAAAGAAGUUAUCGCAAAUGAUAUUGGAUAAAAAAUUGAAAGGAGUACUGGAUCAAGGGGAAGGUGUCUUGAUCGUAUUUGAAGACACGCCACGUGACAAAACCUACGGAAUUGCGUUAGAAACAAUACACAGCAUGGGAAAAGUAGUCGACACGCUUUACCAGAAAGCUAAGAAACUUACCUAGCCCUGUUUAACAUAUAUAUUUAUAUAAGCAAAGUCUUAUAAUUAUUCUUAUCAUUAUAUUUAGUUUCUGGUCAUAAAAUACAAAUUCAAUUGUUUCUUUUAACAUCUAACAUUAUUAAAAACGCAACUCCGAAGGUAUUGCAAUAAUAAAAAAAUAAAAAUAAACAAAAUUAUUCAUUUGCCACAUUUCAUUAUUGCGGAUAUAAUAUUGUAAUUAAUAAUAGUUAAAAAUAUUUUGUAAGUAAUAAAUCUGAAAUGAUUAACUUA